AUGAGGAUGUGUGACAGAGGUAUCCAGAUGUUGAUCACUACUGUGGGAGCCUUUGCAGCUUUUAGUUUAAUGACCAUUGCAGUGGGCACUGACUACUGGUUAUAUUCCAGAGGUGUGUGCAGGACUAAAUCUACAAGUGAUAAUGAAACCAGCAGGAAGAAUGAAGAAGUAAUGACCCAUUCCGGGCUGUGGAGGACCUGCUGCCUAGAAGGGGCUUUCCGAGGAGUGUGCAAGAAAAUUGAUCACUUCCCUGAAGAUGCUGACUACGAACAGGAUACAGCAGAAUAUUUACUGAGGGCUGUGAGGGCCUCCAGUGUCUUCCCCAUCCUCAGCGUCACACUGCUGUUCUUUGGUGGGCUAUGCGUGGCAGCCAGUGAGUUCCAUCGCAGCAGGCACAACGUCAUUCUCAGCGCGGGCAUCUUUUUUGUCUCUGCAGGGUUAAGCAACAUCAUCGGCAUCAUUGUUUAUAUAUCAGCAAAUGCUGGAGACCCCGGGCAGCGUGACUCCAAAAAAAGCUACUCCUAUGGCUGGUCCUUCUAUUUUGGAGCCUUCUCUUUCAUCAUCGCGGAGAUUGUGGGGGUGGUCGCUGUACACAUCUACAUUGAAAAACAUCAGCAGUUACGUGCCAAAUCCCACUCGGAGCUCCUGAAGAAAUCUACUUUUGCCCGCCUUCCACCCUAUAGGUAUAGAUUCCGGAGGCGGUCAAGCUCCCGCUCCACAGAGCCCAGAUCCCGAGACCUGUCCCCCAUCAGCAAAGGUUUCCACACCAUCCCUUCCACCGACAUCUCAAUGUUUACCCUCUCCCGGGACCCCUCAAAGAUCACCAUGGGGACCCUCCUCAACUCCGACCGGGACCAUGCUUUUCUACAGUUCCACAACUCCACUCCCAAAGAGUUCAAAGAGUCGCUGCAUAAUAAUCCGGCCAACAGGCGCACCACGCCCGUCUGAACUGACCUCUGACCUCUGACCUCUGCCCCGUGCC